GGCCUCGGGCGGCGCGGGUGCAGUGCCGCAGCCGCGGGCGGGCGGUGGGCCCGCAGUGGCGCGGCGUCCCGGCUGUGCGACGGGCGGAGAGCCAUGGCCGCCUCUCCGGGCCCCGCGGGCGUCGGCGGCGCCGGGGCAGUGCAAGGCUCAGGCCCGUCCGGCUUCACCUUCGACUCAGGACUUGAGAUCAAAACUCGCUCGGUGGAGCAGACGCUGCUCCCGCUGGUUUCCCAGAUUACCACACUCAUCAAUCAUAAAGAUAAUACCAAAAAGUCUGAUAAAACUCUGCAAGCAAUUCAGCGUGUAGGACAAGCCGUCAACUUGGCAGUUGGAAGAUUUGUGAAAGUAGGGGAGGCGAUAGCCAACGAAAACAGGGAUUUGAAAGAAGAAAUAAAUAUUGCCUGCAUUGAAGCGAAACAAGCAGGAGAAACCAUUGCAGCACUUACAGAUGUAAGCAACUUGAAUCACCCGGAGUCUGGUGGCCAGAUCACAAUUUUUACAGACAAAACAGGAGUUAUAAAGGCUGCAAGGUUACUUCUUUCUUCAGUGACGAAAGUGUUGUUGCUGGCAGACCGAGUGGUCAUUAAGCAGAUAAUAACAUCGAGAAAUAAGGUUCUUGCAACUAUGGAGAGACUGGAGAAAGUGAAUAGCUUUCAAGAGUUUGUCCAGAUAUUCAGUCAGUUUGGCAACGAAAUGGUGGAGUUUGCACAUCUAACUGGAGAUAGGCAAAAUGAUCUGAAAGAUGAAAAGAAAAAGGCAAAAAUGGCAGCAGCCCGGGCAGUGCUUGAAAAGUGUACAAUGAUGCUUCUCACAGCUUCAAAGACGUGUCUCAGGCAUCCCAACUGUGAGUCGGCCCACAAAAACAAAGAAGGAGUGUUUGACCGAAUGAAAGUGGCGUUGGAUAAGGUCAUCGAAAUCGUGACCGACUGCAAACCCAAGGGAGAGACUGACGUUGCGUCUAUCAGUGUUUUUACUGGAAUUAAAGAGUUCAAGAUGAAUAUUGAAACUCUUCGGGAGAAUCUUUAUUUCCAGUCCAAAGAGAGUCUCUCGGCGACGUUGGAAGCCACGUUGGAGCGGACAGAGGACUUCACCGACUCUGCCUACACCAGCCACGAGCACAGGGAGCGCAUCCUGGAGCUGUCGGCUCAGGCGAGGAGGGAGCUCCAGCAGUUGGUUUCCGUGUGGAUCCAGGCUCAAAGCAAGAAAACAAAAAGUGUUGCCGAAGAACUGGAGCUCAGUGUCCUGAAAAUCAGUCACAGCCUCAAUGAACUUAAGAAAGAACUUCACUGUGUGGCAACUCAGCGGGCGGCCGAUCUGCUAAAAUACCACGCCGACCACGUGGUUCUGAAAGCAUUAAAACUUACUGGAGUAGAAGGAAAUUUGGAAGGUUUGGCUGAAUAUGCCUGUAAAUUCUCAGAACAGAAAGAACAGCUUGUUGAGACCUGCAGGUUGUUGCGACACGUUUCUGGGACAGAACCUCUGGAAAUAACCUGUGUACAUGCAGAGGAGACAUUUCAGGUGACUGGCCACCAGAUCAUUUCCGCUGCUGAAACGUUAACAUUGCAUCCAUCCAGUAAAAUUGCUAAAGAAAACCUGGAUGUGUUUUGUGAAGCCUGGGAGUCCCAAAUCAGUGACAUGUCCACCCUGCUGAGAGAAAUCAACGACGUGUUUGAAGGAAGACGAGGAGAGAAGUAUGGCUACCUUUCCCUUCCGAAGCUAACGAAGAAUAACGCAAACCUGAAAUCAUUAAAGGCAGACAAGUUGGACUCUGAGGAGAAGGCCAAGAUCGCAAAGCUUGGCCUGAAGCUGGGUUUGCUCACCUCCGACGCCAACUGUGAGAUCGAGAAGUGGGAGAAUCAGGAGAACGACAUUGUCCGGCACGGACGGAACAUGGCCAGCGUGGCCUAUUCUCUGUAUUUAUUUACUAGGGGAGAAGGGCCACUGAAAACUUCCCAGGAUUUAAUUCAUCAACUAGAGGUUUUCGCUGAAGAGGGCUUGAAGGUUGCUUCGAGUGUUCAAGCUUUCUCAAAACAGCUGAAAGAUGAUGACAAGCUUAUACUUCUCCUGGAAAUAAACAAGCUCAUUCCUCUAUGCCACCAGCUCCAGACAAUAACUAAGACACCUUUGCAGAAUCAAGUGUUUCUAAAGGCUGAUAAAUGCAUUACAAAGACGAGAUCCAUGAUGGCUAUUCUGGUCCAGCUUCUGUCACUUUGCUUUAAACUGCUGAAGAAGCUUCAGAUGGAAAACAACAGAUGGGUCUCAGUUACAAGCAAGGACUCCAUGGAUGGCAAAACUUGAGAACUUUUUGAGGUUAGAUCUCAAGAACACCAUAUGGCAAAGCUGACAUUUUUAAAAGCAAACAAUUUAUAUUUUCGGAAAUUCAAUAAUUUUAUAAAGAUGAUGACACUGAAUUCCUGCUUUAUUUUCUGAUCAUGAAAUUGAUUGUGGCUUUUUGACAACUAAUAAAUGCUAUGGUAGUUGCUAGAAUUCUAAUUGCAGUGUGAUUUUAAAACAACACAUCACCACCAAUAUUGUUCUUUAAGAGUCAAGCCAAAUAUCCCAACUGUCUGAAUGACAAUUUAAUCCAAAGAAGCUAUUUUGAAUGUGUGCUCCCUUCCCUUCGGAAUAUUUUACCUUCCCAUUUUCUGUUUUUUUAUUUAAGCUUAUCUUCCAGAACACUAAUUGUCAUUAGAAAAUACAGUGGUCUGGUUGAAAGCAGUUUUCCUUAAACCUGUAGACCCUUCUUCAAUCCAUCUGUCCACUGGGUGUGACCAGGCCUCCUGGCUACCCACCCGCCGUCACAGAUCAUCUGUGCCAGCAGCACACGUUUGUUCUCCAACACGCACCUCACACAGCACAGGCUCUCUGUUGUGAGGCACAUCCCUCCCCCUCCCCAACAGCAGGGUCAUGGAGCUCACUCCACAGAAUCCUGGAGGAACUCGCUAGGAGGUGGCUUUUAGUUCUCAUUCUAGCAGAAGUGGCCUGUCUGCCCUGAGUAUUAGCUGGAACGCUAAACCUAAUUUACUGGCUUAAGAAAAAAAGUUUUGAACUGUCCUCAGUAGGGGCUGAUGGAAUGGAAGAUGAAGACAGAGAAGGAUGGAACUAAGAAGCAGUUUAAAAUAAAUUUUGAAUAAUCAUACAUUUUAUAUAUGUGCCUUUGGAAUGUCCAUUGUAAAACAAAUAAACAUCUUUAGUCUUUUUAA